GGAAAAGGCCGAAGCCGCACAAACGAGCUUCGGUUGUUGGUGAAGAGACAGAUAGACAUAGUUUUGUGGCCAGCGAUUAGCUAAAUAAAAUGGCUACUUUUACAAAUUUGGCGUUUUUAGCAAUCUUACUUAGUAGCAGUAAUGCUGGCAUCCUACACGGAGGCCAUAGCGGACUCGCGGUGCCGCCGCCACCUCCUCAUAUCAGCGCCUCGAGCUUCUCCCCAAGCAGCUUUCCAUCGGGUUCUCUGCCCUCAGCUACGUUCUCUGGCAACGGCUUCCUCAGCGGUGGCUUAGCUGUCGAGUCUCAUGGUACCGGGUAUGAUGCAUCCGGUGACGCCGGCCCCAUUCUUGCCGCCGCGACCCUACCUGGUGCCGGAAUAAACGGACCAGUGGGAGCACCUUUGACUGCACCUUCUGGCGCCGGCUUAGGUACACAAUUGGGAUCUUUUGGCACAUCAUUCAGCGGACCUGGAGGACCUUUGGGUGGACCUCUGAACUUGGGCGGUGGCGCUCCACCUCCGGGACCCAAGGCUCCAGUAAUCAAUGAGAUUCACGGUCUUGCCAACAGCAACGGAGCACCCACCCAAUACCGAGUACGCGAUGAAACUUACCAGGUCGUGCGUGACGUCACACAUAGAGUACCCCAGCCCGUACCUGUGCCGGUUCCUCAGCAAGUUCAGAUUCCAGUUCCUCAACCUUACCCAGUCCAAGUACCUGUCGUCCGAAAUGUACCGGUUCCAGUUGUCAAGAUUCAACACGUCAACGUUGACAAGCCAGUGCCUUAUCCAGUCGAAAAGAUCGUCAAAGUUCCGGUAGAGAGAGUUGUUAAGGUUCCAGUGGACCAUCCCGUGCCGAUUGAGAAAAUCGUCGAAGUUCCCAUCGUCAAGGUAGUGGAAGUGCCGGUGCAUGUCGUUAAGACCUACCCCGUUCCUGUGGUGAAGACGGUCCAUCAUAAAGCGCACAUCAGCCACGGUCACGGCCACGGCCAUGGAUACGGCCACGGUCACGGCUGGUCUCAGUGGUAAUCUCAGCUUGCCUUCUGCGCGACCAGUGUACCUCAACAAUAACUGUAUACCUCCCUGCUAGUCUAACAUUUUGUACAUAUUUUCCAUCAUGAGCUCAUCGAGAGGCUGCAAUGUAGGGUGAUAACUAAGUCAUUAAGUUAGGUCAAAGAAUUGUGUAUACCUCUUUCUUUGUAAAUAGUAAUAUAGAUUAUUACUUUAAUAAAAUUUUUAUCCAA